UCAGAGUUACAGCAACCACCAAAAAGCACAUUGGCAUUAUCACAUCAUCCACUCCACUCGCUGAAUGCAAGCUGCUAUUGCAGCCAUGGCAGCCCACACUCUCCUCUCUGCCUCUCCAUUUUCUUACACUCUUCUCUCCACAUUCCCCUCACACUCUUCUCCUCCUCUUCACUCUUCUUUUCACGGCGUCUCUCUCAAACUCCCUCUUCGUUCAAGCUUGACUCUCUCCGCCGUCGCUCCCAAGCCCCUCACUGUUGUCGCCGCCACCAAGAAAGCCGUCGCUGUUCUCAAGGGAAAUUCUAAUGUUGAAGGGGUUGUCACUUUGACUCAAGAAAAUGAUGGUCCUACGACUGUGAAGGUUCGUAUUACAGGGCUUACUCCUGGACCUCAUGGUUUCCAUCUUCAUGAGUAUGGUGAUACAACAAAUGGAUGCAUGUCAACAGGAGCACAUUUCAAUCCUAACAAUAUGACUCAUGGUGCUCCUGAGGAUGAAAUCCGUCAUGCGGGUGACCUGGGAAACAUAAUUGCUGGUGCCGAUGGCGUGGCAGAAGCAACAAUAGUAGACAGUCUGAUACCAUUGAGUGGUCCUAAUGCUGUAAUUGGAAGAGCCCUUGUGGUUCAUGAGCUAGAGGAUGACCUUGGAAAAGGUGGGCAUGAACUUAGUCUAACCACUGGCAAUGCAGGCGGAAGACUAGCAUGUGGUGUUGUUGGCCUGACUCCACUGUAAGGUUAACACCAGAUUGAACCAAGUAUGGUCUGCACAAAUGGCUGCUUGCUCUUGCCAGAUUCUCUUAUAGAGCCCGAUGUUAUUAUGAAACCGAGACAGUGUAACAUAAAAGUGUGGAGACAGCAGUGUUAAUAAAUAAUGUUUGCAGGCAUUGAUCUUGUUUAUUUGUAUCCCCGACAAAAUAAAGUUGGCGUUAUCUGUGCAUGUCUUAAGGAUGUCAUGAACUUUUUGGGUUUUAAAUUAAUGGAAGAUGGGUUGAUGUAGUGUAAUACGUUGGUCUUAUUUUGGCUAAAA